UUCCUCUCCACAGGUACAUUUCCCCGAUUGUCUUCAUAUUUAGGAUGAGAAUCUACUGACAAACUGAAAAAGUUGGGUCAGAGAUGGAUUUUAAAGCACGUGAGUUGGUGUGGCUCACUCAGAUUAAUGAGGUGUUCAGUGACAACCCUGUGAUUUUAAACGCAAAUGGUCAGAAUGUACAAAAACAAAUUAUAAAGUUGAAAAACCUGCUGUAUAAGAGAACGAAAUUAUGGUGGAACAAAAAUUUUCUAGAGAACUAUCUUUCUAAAGGUAUUAUCCCUCAAGGACUGAGAGUCCAGGUGUUCCCCUCCUACCCAGUGGAUGACCCGAUCUUUAAGAACAAAUGGGAGGAACAUGCCAACAAAUGCUCUAGAGGGUUCAUGAAACUCCUGGUACUCGCUAACUCAUCCUCAUUGAAUGACUUGGAGAAAGAAAUAGAAGUACUCCAAAACGACAUUAAAAAGAACCUAUCUUCGGCUGAAUUAGAGAAAGUUAACAUCGAAUUAGAACAACAAUAUCUCAAAUGGGAAACUGAAAUUAGUGCCAUGAAAAAGAAAAAAUAUCAAAGAGAUAACAUGGAUGUACAACAAAAUAGAGUAUAUAGAUGGCGACAAGUUAGAGAUAGAACACAAAUACCACUGAGGUCAAGAUCAUCAUCUGUUGUCUCUCUGUCGUCAACUGACGAGUCACAGAGUUCUGUGGAUAUAAGACCUAGAGUCAAAACCAACUACAGACAACAUAACCCCCAACAUCGGGCUGCUGAACUACGCAGGGAAAAAAGGAAAAUGUCCCCACCAACCACAAGGGGCAAAAAAACAAAAAAUAAUGAGCUAAUUAACCUUUCUACCCAUAUUCUCUCCGAGGAGCAACAGUACAUACUAAGUAAAGGUCUUAAUUUCUCACCAACUAAUAGUUUUGAUUAUUUUACAGCUUUAAAGGACCUAAAUUUAUUUUCACGCAAAUUACUAUUGAGGAGACUGCAUGCAAAGAGGGAUCAAUUACUUUCUACCCCAGAGGAAAGAGAAGCGAUCCAAAUUUUGGAGGAGCUUCUGGCAGAGCAGGGGGGAGAACAAGACGUAUACCGUAAGCCCACUGCCACCAACCUUCUUUUGCAUGCAGCCUCCUCACACACUCCAUCAACUAUCAAAGCCAUACCAACAGGACAAUUCCUGAGAAUACGUAGAAUUUGCUCCUCGGAUGAUGAUUUCAAGAAACAAAGUGCAAUACUUACGGAACGUUUCCUCCAGCGUGGUUACAGCAGACGAUCUCUCAAAAAGGCCUAUCAGAAAGCUCAACAUGUACAUAGAGAGGACCUCCUACAAGAUUUUAACAGUUGGGAAUUUUUUCCAGUAACAUCAGUCAGCUCCCUUUAUACCUCGCACAACAGCUGAUGCACCUACUUCAUGAAGCACUAUACGUUGGUGAAAGAUGAAGCCAGUAAAUAGUAUUAUUAUAUAAUGCUAUUCUAGUUGUUAUUAUGAUUUUGCUAACAUUGUUUAUUAUUUUUUGAUAUCUAUCUUUUGACUUAUCUAUAUACUAAUUGAGGAAUAUACCUAUAUAGCUACUAGGAGAUACUUUGUAUUUAUGCAAUAUAAUUAGCGCCUUUGAUAUACAGUGUACAUGCUGUUACUAUAUAGGUUAUUGAAUAAUUCCCUGCUACACCAUACAUGGCUACUUUCAUUGUCACUUUAUUUACAGGAAUAAUUUGUUUGAGAGGUACACUCCUCACUUUUUGUUAUUAUUU